AUGAAGGUCCUGCUGUUGGUAUGUGUCCUGGUGCCUCUGCUGGCCUGCGCGCCACCGACAGAAGCGUCCCAACUUCCCAUGAGGCUGUGCGGCCGCGAGUUCCUGCGCGCUAUCGUCUACACAUGUGGUGGCUCCAGGUGGAGGAGGAGCCUACACGAGAUCUUCACAAAGGACUCAGAGCUGGGAGACACGCUGAGGUUCAGGAGGAGUGAGGACUCGGCGUUGCUGGAUCUCUGCUGCAGAGUGGGAUGCAGGAAAAGCGACCUGGCACUCAUGUGCUGA